GUGUAGGUGGUGGCAAUGAAGGUGGAAGAGGCAAAGCUGGAGCUAAACUAUUCCAGGAUUUCCAGAUGUUGAGCAGAAUCUGGACUCACCCUUGGUGUUUGCAGCUGGACUAUAUUAGCAAAGAAAAUAAGGGCUAUUUUGAUGAAGACAGCAUGGAUGACUUCAUAGCCUCAGAUUCAGAUGAAACUUCCAUGAGCUUAAGUUCUGAUGAUUAUACAAAGAAAAAAAAAUCCAAGGGGAAAAAGGUGACAAAGGAGUGUAGCUCGAGUGGAAGUGGCAGUGAUAACGAUGUUGAAGUCAUUAAAGUCUGGAAUUCAAGAUCUCGUGGAGGUGGGGAAGGAAAUGUAGAAGAUCUUACAAACAACCCAGCAUCAACAAAGUCAGAUGAAGGCAAAGCUACAUCCUCUUCCAAUCCUGGUAGCCCAGCUCCAGACUGGUACAAAGAUUUUGUCACUGAUGCAGAUGCUGAGGUGUUGGAGCAUUCUGGGAAAAUGGUGCUGCUCUUUGAAAUUCUCCGGAUGGCAGAGGAGCUGGGAGACAAAGUCCUAGUGUUCAGCCAGUCCCUGAUAUCUCUGGAUUUGAUAGAAGAUUUCCUGGAGCUGGCUAACAGGGAGAAAUCUGACAGAGAUCAGCCUCCCAUCUAUAAAGGUGAAGGAAAAUGGUUCAGAAAUAUUGAUUAUUAUCGUUUGGAUGGCUCCACCACAGCUCAGUCCAGAAAGAAAUGGGCUGAGGAGUUCAAUGAUGAAACUAAUGUGAGAGGCCGCUUGUUUAUCAUAUCCACCAAAGCAGGGUCCCUGGGAAUAAACCUGGUGGCUGCCAACAGAGUCAUCAUCUUUGAUGCCUCCUGGAACCCCUCCUAUGACAUCCAGAGCAUCUUCAGGGUGUAUCGCUUCGGGCAGAACAAGCCUGUCUUUGUCUACAGGUUUUUGGCUCAGGGAACCAUGGAGGACAAGAUCUACGACCGGCAGGUGACCAAGCAGUCGCUGUCCUUCAGGGUGGUGGACCAGCAGCAGGUGGAGAGACACUUCACCAUGAACGAGCUCACCGAGCUCUACACCUUUGAGCCAGACCUGCUGGAUGACCCCAACUCAGAGAAGAAGAAGAAGAGGGACACCCCCAUGCUGCCAAAGGACACCAUCCUGGCAGAGCUGCUGCAGAUCAACAAGGAGUACAUCGUGGGGUACCACGAGCAUGAUUCACUCCUGGACCACAAGGAGGAGGAGGAGCUCACUGAAGAAGAGAGGAAGGCAGCCUGGGCAGAAUAUGAAGCAGAAAAGAAGGGCAUGACCAUGCGUUUCAACAUGCCCACAGGGACCACCACAAUGCCCACAAAUUUCAGCUCUCAGACUUAUAUUCCUUACAACCUGGGUGCUCUGUCUGCAAUGAGUAACCAGCAGCUGGAGGACCUCAUUAAUCAAGGAAGAGAGAAGGUAGUGGAAGCAACCAACAGUGUGGCUGCAGCGAGGAUCCAGCCCCUUGAAGACAUCAUUUCAGCCAUAUGGAAAGAAAACUUGACCCUGACGGAGAGCCAGGUGCAGGCCCUGGCCCUGAACAGGCAGGCGAGCCAGGAGCUGGACGUGAAGCGCCGGGAAGCCAUUUACAACGACGUGCUCGGGAAACAGCAGAUGUUGAUCGGCUGUGUCCAGAGGAUCCUGAUGAACCGGCGCCUCCAGCACCAGUACAACCAGCAGCAGCAGCAGCAGAUGUCCUACCAGCAAGCAGCCAUGAGCCACCUCAUGAUGCCAAAGCCUCCGAAUCUAAUCAUGAAUCCUUCCAGCUACCCAGCCAUAGAUGUGAGAGGAAUGUAUCAGUCAGUGUCUGGUGGGAUGCAGCCCCCACCCCUACAACGAGCACCACCCCCAAUGAGAGGCAAAAAUCCAGGGCCUUCCCAAGGGAAAUCAAUGUGAUUUUGCACUAAAAGCCUAAAGGAUUGUUAAAAUCAGAGAAAGAACUUUUUAUUUUUUUAGGAAUCAAUGGCCUAACAGAACUCAACUGUAAAAAAAAAAAAAAAAAAGAAUUAAAAAGAAUAGUUUGGUUGCUCCCCUUAAAUACCAUGUUCCAUAUUAGUGUUUCAGCUCUGUUUAAAUAGGUCACGAUGUUUUCCCUGUUGUCAGUGAUGUUGCCUAGAAUCUUCUUACAUAUGUUGAGUACAGGAGAUAACAAGUUGUUUUCAGUGAAAACAAGUCCUCCCCUUACAGUAGCAUCUCCACAGGUUUCCUGUCUAAACUCCUACGUUUGCUUUUCGUGGCUGCAAAGCUUUGGGAAGCUUAGGAAGGAUUGCAGGUCUGUAAGUUCAGUCUGACAUAUGUGAAUUGAAAACAGCUGAGUUCUUGAUUAGAGUUGAUUCCUCAAAUUAUGGAAUACUUUUCUGCUUGCCCAUUUCUUUCUAUUAGUGGGAACGUUGUAACAGAAAUAGUUUAGUUUCCUUCACGGGUCAUCUGUGCUGAAUGGAACAGGAGCUGAAAACGCUCCCUGAAACAGAACUGAGUGCAAUAUUUGUAACUACUACUGCUCUGAGACACAGGGAACUGUGCAUCCAGCCUUAAACAGGACUGGGCCUUCCCCAGUCUGCUGCCAUUUCUUAUUUUCAGUUCCAUGUGAUGGAAUAACAGCUGAUGGUCUGGGAGUGGAGAUGCUUUUCCUUCACAGGCUGAUCCUGCUGUGGAGUCCAGCACAAAGCACAUUUCUGUAACUCCUUCCUGCUGGUGCUACUGUCUCCUCCAUUGCCGGCAAUGGGGGACGGGCCAACACAGCUCCAUUCCUGUCUUUGGGGUGAAUUGGUGGUGGUGGCCAGGGUCAGGUGGCCUCUAGAGAGCCCCCUGUCACAGAACCCCCUUGAACGUGGCACAGCCCCUGCCCGUUGGAGAUCCAUACAGAGAAAGGGCUGUAGCAGCCUCUGGAGCUGCCAGAAGUGUGAAAUGACCUGACUGACAGAGAUGGGUUAUGCACUCCUCCCCAUCCCUUCAGCUGUGUGAAAACAUGGGUUAGGACACAAAGAGCUUGGUUUUGCUUUUGUUUCUGUUCUAGUUUGGGUUUUUUUUUAAUGUAGGCCAGAGAUAAAUUUCAGGUUUAUUCUAUACCAUUAUCACUCUCUUUGCCCACACUUGUUGGGUUGUCAGGUUCUUAUUAAAUACAAAUAGGACUUUCCUUUGCAUAGACUUUGGGUGAUUCUUACCCCCCCAAAAAACCCCAUUGAUCAUCUAGGGGCACAAGUAAGUGGCAGGAACAUGGAGAUGGUGGUGUGUGGACAACACAGGGCUCUGGAGACAGAUGGAGGCAGUGGCUCCACAUUGUGCUGGACUCUUCUGAUGCUGGUGUGAACUAAAACAAUUUUGGUUUCUGGGAAGUUUCUUGCAAGAGUUUGAGUUCUUGCCCUGAAUGGCCAAGUUCUGCAGAUGUUCCACGGUGUUUUGGUGUGUGACUCACACUUGGUUUGUGACGUGGACAGAGGUUGGUUGGGCUGCUGCAAGCCCAGCUGACAGCUUUCUGUCUUGGACUCUUUGAUGACGAGAUACCACAAAGGACCCUCAGUGUGUUCUAGUGCUCUGCCAGCUCUACAGCUAACUCUGAUCUGGGGGAGGGAGCAAAGAGAGACAUGCUGGCACUAGAAGAGACAAAAGUGAGAUGUUGAGACAAACAUUUGAAGGCAAAUGUACUCUGGGUAACUGUCACCGAUAUUCCUACGUGUUGUGAAUAAGAGAAGUACUUUCUACCAAACCUGGGAAUGUUAAGUGGAGUUUUACAGUAACUCAAAGACUUAAAUGUGGAAGUUUUAGGCAACAUUGAAAGGCACAUUUUAUUUCAUCCUGGACAAACCUAUGGAUAACAGAAGACUAAUGCACAAGAAGGAAUACAAGCUAAGCAUUGAAGUAAAACCUGGACCACUUUGCUUACGUUUCUCACUCGACAUUUUAGCUGCAUAACAACGUGCUUUGAGUAUAACAUCAGGCUUUAACCAGUACUUAAAGACAGAACAUACAUCAGUAAGAUAAUAAAAGGCUCAUUUUUAUAUUUGUUUUAGAUGUUUUAACUAGAUAAAAAUGGCUUAAGAUGACAAAUAAAAAUGUUGCUUGUAAUACAGUUUUGCCUGCUAAAUUAUCCACAUUUUUGUAACCUGUUUAUUCCUUUGGAUGUAAAGCGUUUUUGCUUAGUAUCGUGAUAUUGUAUAUGUUUUGUCCCAGUUGUAUAGUAAUGUUUCAGUCCAUCAACCAGCUUUGGCUGCUGAAAUCAUACAGCUGUGAAGACUUGCCUUUGUUUCUAUUAGAUGGCUUUUCAGUUCUGUAUUAAAUAUCUUAAGUACUAUAGAAAAGGUGUCCCCUCUUCCUAUAAGGCUGUUUUGUAAUAUAUAUAAGGACUGGAAAUGUGUUUUUAAAAAAGAAGAAGCAUUCAAGUAUGACAAUAUACUAUGUGUUUUCACCAUUCAAAGUGCUGUUUUAGUAGUGAAACUUAAACUAUUUAAUAUCUCAUUUAAUAAAGUGACCAAAAUACA